UAUGAAAGUCAAGAUAGUUUAUAAUAACGAAAUCCACCUCUUCAAACAAUAAAACCCCACACUCUAGGGAAUCAGAUAACAUAUCUAAAAAAUACAUCCCAACAUUGAUUCCAACUUCACACUUGCCUAUAACGAUUCAGAAAAUGACCAAAUCACUCUCAGUUGCCAAGAGGAUCUGUAAGUCCUUAUUGAUGAAGGAAUUCAAACAAUCAAAGUCUUUGUGUUAACCAACAAAAAACCAUAAGAAUUCCCUCAAGGUAAGAUGGUUCAUAAGAGACAUACUUGCGAUGGAUGCUAUACAUACCCAAUCGUUGGUUCAAGAUUCAAAUGUCUCGACUGUCCCAAUUAUGACUUAUGCGAAGUCUGCCAAGCCAAAGGUCUUCAUAAUAACCAUAAAUUCUUUAAGAUAAGUACUCAGGAAGAGUUAGAAUAAUUCAGAAAGGAACAUUGGGGUAAAUUUGGACAUUGGGGUCACGGAGGAUGUGGAUUCCAUAGAGGUGGACCACAUGGACAUCAUGGACCACAUGGCCAUCAUGGUCAUCAUGGACCAUUUGGACAUGAAGCAUUUAAACAAGUUAGAGAAUUCUUCUAGGAUCCUGCUUUUAAAGACAUUAAACAGACAGUUUGCACAAUUGCAAAAGAUGUCUUUAAUGUGAUUAAGACAGAAUUGGAGAAACAUAAGAACUCCAAAUAAGAAGAAGAAUGUAAUACAAAUGAUAUCUAAGAAACAUAACAAGAACCAUAACAAUAAGCUUAAUAAGAAAUAUAAUAAUAAUAAGUAUUAUAGGAAAAUAAUACAUAAUAAAACGAAUGUAAUAUGCAAGAGGAAUUUGAAGAGAAAGUUAAAGUAGUGAUUUAAGUGUUGUAAUGUGAUGAGAAAGUAGCCAGAGAAUAUGUUGAAUGCUUUAAGGGAUUCCCACUAAAUGAAAUUGUUGAUAUUUUAUUAGAAAAAUAAUGAUU